CGACAAACUGCAAGCGCUCGGCCGGCUCAACAAAGCCAGUUGCCUCAGCAUAGGAGAGUGCAGCACCACUGCACCAGAGCAUACUCUUCUCGGCUUCUCCAAGCGCGAACAAGAGCCAUGGGCGCGAGCCGUCUGGAGCAAACCGAUGCUCUCUUCAGGAAAAACCUUGUAAUCCAGAGGCGCGCCUGCAAGACGAACUGCUGCCUGAUCCUGUUCCCGCUGGCCCUCUGCUCCGUCAUCGGCGGCUUACAGAUCGCCAUCAACCACGCGUCGUCGCAGGGGGGAGGAGGAGGAGGAGGAGGAGGGGGUGCGACCCCUGCCAUCCGUCUCGACUGCAGCUGCAGCAACGUCAGCGUAGACGAGAACGCGCUCGGAGGCAUACAAUGCCCGGACGAGUGCCCGUUGCCUCGAGCGCCCAAAUGGCCUCCUGUCGUCAGGACCCCGUCGCCCGAGUACCGGGCGGUCCAGGACGGGCUCUUCCCGUUCGCUGAUCUCCCGGACGCUUCGUGCAGAGCCGAAGGGUCUUGCCCGGCGACAUUCCUUGUCACCGGCGACAACCACUCUUUCGUAGGGAGUGUGAUAGAUAACAUUCUUCCUACCCAUAGUUCUUCGGUGAACCUGUCGGCCGAUGUUUCUGCAUUGUCUGAUUUUGUUCUGGCUGACGAUGGAGAAUUUCACCAAAGUUUUCUUCAGAACAAGUGCUCUCCUAACUUGACACUCUCUUAUCCAGUUCAAUACGGCAAUAAUGUUGUGAGUCAAGACGUACGAUGCACAGAAGGACUAGUUCUCUGGCGGGACAGUUCACGGCUAAUUAAUGAUGAGUUAUAUGGAGGUUAUUACCAAGGAAAUAGGAACCAUAAGAUCGAUGAAAUUGCUGCAGUCUAUGAUUUCUUAAGCUCUGACCAGAGCAACUUCAACCUGAUCAUCUCAUAUAACUCGACAAACGACUACGGUGUUUACGAUGAAUCAGAACAAUCUAUCCCUGUGAUUAAUCAAGCAGGCCCAGUGCAGAAACCUAAUUUGGUUCAAGUCCCACGAUUAGCUAAUAUGGCCUCAAAUGCAUACCUUCAUUUAAAGGGCAAUGGUUUGAAGAUGCCAUUUGAAUUCGUAAAAGAAAUGCCUAGAGCAGCUAUACCUAUACACGAUGGCCAGUUUGAUUUGGCUCCAUACAUAGGGCAGCUACCUUUUGUAUGGACCAUGGAGCUUCUUUUUCCGGUAAUUUUGACAAACCUUGUGUACGAGAGACAGAAUAAGCUAAGGAUAAUGAUGAAGAUGCAUGGCCUUGGAGAUCUACCGUAUUGGACUAUAUCCUAUUGCUAUUUUCUACUGUUGUCGCUGCUCUAUGUGCUGUCCUUCGUGCUGUUUGGUUCUGCCCUUGGUUUAACAUUCUUCCGCCAGAACAACUACGGCAUGCAGUUUAUAUUCUAUUUUGCUUACAUGAACUUGCAAAUUUCAUUUGCAUUUCUUAUGACAACAUACUUCUCUAGUGUGAGGACAGCUACUGUGACAGGAUAUCUAUACAUAUUUGUGUCUGGCCUUCUGUCACAAUUCAUGUUCAGACCCUAUGUUGAAGAUAGUAACAUCUCAAGAAUCUGGAUCACUCUUAUGGAACUUCUACCUGCAUUUUCCUUAUACCGCAUUGUCUACGAAUUCUCACGAUUUGCACAAGCACAGCCUGAGAAUUACAUGGCCUCCUCAGGGAUUCAGUGGGCUGAUAUGACUAAUCCAGAAAGUGGAUUGGCAGGUGUGCUUACCAUUAUGGCAGUAGAAUGGCUCCUGUUCCUUUUAUUUGCGUUCUAUCUGGAUCACUUCCGUUCCUACAAAGACGGAAUCAGGAAAGCAGCAGCGCUUGUUCGCUCCCGCAUACAUGGGAACCAUUCUGAAGCUGCUCAGCAGCAAAACGUACAGCUUCAGGAGUUCAGAGCUUCCAUCCAACUGGAGAGAACAGACGUGCUGAAAGAGAGAGAGAUAGUUGAACUGAUAUCAAAAGAAUCCGACAGAAGCUAUUCAGUCAUAUGCGACAACCUUGGGAAGGUGUACCGUGGAAAAGAUGGAAAUGCAGAUAAAAUUGCAGUCAGAGGAAUAUCCAUUUCCAUGUCACGCGGUCAGUGCUUCGGCGUUCUUGGCCCAAAUGGCGCGGGAAAGACCACUCUUAUUAACAUGCUGACCGGAUUUUGUAAACCUACCUCUGGCACCGCGUACGUCCAAGGGAUGGACAUACGCUUCGAUAUGGACAGAAUAUAUACAGGAAUUGGUGUUUGUCCACAGGAUGACUUGCUAUGGGAAAGCCUGACUGGUCGUGAGCAUCUGUUGUUCUAUGGAAGGCUUAAGAAACUGAAGGCUGCAGCACUAUUCGAGGCCAUUGAACAAUCCUUGAGAAGCAUGCACUUGCUUGCCGGUGGCGUUGCUGACAAACUCGUGGGAAAAUACAGUGGCGGCAUGAAGCGUCGUCUCAGCGUUGCGAUCUCUCUAAUCGGUGAUCCCAAGGUUGUUUAUAUGGAUGAACCAAGUUCUGGCCUGGACCCAGCGUCGAGGAAAAACCUGUGGAAGGCUGUCAAGUCUGCAAAACAGGAUCGGACAAUAGUUCUCACAACGCAUUCGAUGGAAGAGGCUGACGUUUUGUGCGACCGGAUCGGGAUCAUCGCGAAUGGUAGCUUGCAGUGCAUUGGAAGCUCUAAGGAGCUGAAAGACAGGUACGGAGGCUCAUGCCUGCUCACAGUAACAACUCCGGCCGGCGGCCAGGAGGAGGAGGAGGUCGAGAGGCUGGUGCAGUCCAUCUCGCCGGCGGCGAACAGGGUGUACCGCGUCUCGGGAACACAGAAGUUCGAGAUGCCGAAGCGGGGGAUGAAGAUCUCCGCGGUUUUCCAGGCCAUGGAGCAGGCGAAGAGCAGCCUGGACAUCGUCGCCUGGGGCCUGGCUGACACCACGCUGGAAGACGUCUUCGUUCGAGUGGCCAAGCAGACUGACAUGUCCACUGUGACCUGACUGAAUACCUCAGGUGAUGAACUCAUGAACGCGAGACGCGACACAGAUUUGAGCAGCCUGGACUUUUGCAAAACCUCGGUAAAUGCGGUCAGGCGCAAGCAAGCGGAUCCCACGGCACGAUCGAGCGUGCGCGUCAGGAGCAUCUGCCGCGUGUUUCAUUUCCACGCGUGAGCUAGCUGCUAGUAGACAUUGCACCUGCACAACCCUAUAGAAAAAACCAAUGGAUUCGAGUUGAGUCAUUUUCACUGUGUAUCAUUAUAAAAGUUUAUAAUUAUUGUGAGAAUGUCUACAUUACAGAA